AAAGGUUUCAAUUUUAAACUCAUCGCGCUUCCCUUUUUUUCUUGUCUAAUAAUAGUUGUAUCCAAUUGGAUUUUUUAGGGUUUAAUGUCGCACUAAUUUCCCAAUUUCCGGUUUCUCCUAAGCUCUACGCAAUUCAUCAGUAUCUCGUGCGAGUUCAGUUCAGAAGUCAGAUAAAGAGCUCCAUAUAUGGCUCAAUCCAGCAACAGUACUGCUGGAGUUGACAACACUUUUCGAAGAAAAUUCGACCGAGAAGAAUAUCUACAACGCGCUCGUGAUCGUGAAUCAAGAGAGGCAGAGGGUCGGGCGAAAUCGAAAUCAAGUGGGCCGCCAGUGCAAAGGCAACCAUUGAAGCAUAGGGAUUAUGAAGUGGACCUUGAAUCACGCUUGGGAAAGACCCAGGUUGUGACUCCAAUAGCGCCCCUAAGUCAGCAGGCCGGAUACUAUUGCUCAGUUUGCGAAUGCGUAGUGAAAGAUUCUGCAAACUACUUAGAUCACAUAAAUGGAAAGAAGCAUCAACGAGCUUUGGGUAUGUCUAUGCGGGCUGAAAGGGCAACCUUGGAUCAGGUUCAGAAGCGGUUUGAGGUUCUCAAGAAGCGGAAAGAUACUGGAGGCUUUACAGAACAAGAUUUUGAUGAAAGGAUACUUAAACAACAACAACAAGAGGAGGAAAUUAAGCGUCUACGAAGAGAGAAGAAGAAAGAGAAGAAGAAAGAGAAGGCAGCUGAGGAGGAACCUGAGAUCGAUCCUGAUGUUGCAGCUAUGAUGGGAUUUGGUGGUUUUCGUUCGUCCAAAAAAUGAUCUGUUUGUUGUUGUUGUUCUAUAUAAUUAUAAUUUUUUCGGUGGUUUUGUAUACCAAAAAAACUUGUACUUUAUUUUCAAAUUUGCA